GAAACCGAAAAAAGAAGAGGUUAGGUAGUCAGAAGCGCGGCAAAAAGUAAGGUAGGGAAAUGACAGAUGGCGACAGACAGAGGAAGACCAAGAAGCACAGACUUCCGGUUUGGUUCGGGCGAGGAUAACGCGUGGACGGAGAGCUUUGUGGAAAAAGUAAAGUGUGAAGGGAAAAAGGAAAAGGAAGCACAAAGCGACACGAAGAAAGGAAAAUAAAGAGUGAGCAUACGAGGAGAAAGUAAAGAAAAGCGAAGAAGAAAACAAGAACGAGAGAAAAAUACAAAUAAGAAAAACUAGAAAAGAAGAGGUUAGGUAGUCAAAAGCGCGGCAAAAAGUAAGGUAGGGACAGAUGGCGACAGGCAGAGGAAAAGCAAGGAGGAUGAGUGAAGCGGGAGAUAAGGCAGAUUUCAAAAAUACACCGGACAAGUACAGCUUGAUAGGAAAAGAGACACUACCCAGGGAAAACAGAAUGGAGAUAAUGAUAGAAAAAAUGGAGAAGAAAAUGGAAAGAGCAUUCGAGGCAAUGAUAGAGGAAAUAAGAGGCAUAUUCGAAAAGCAAGUGGCGGAGAUGAAGAGGGAAAUGAAAGAGGAAAGGGAAAGGGAAAAAGAGAGAGUCAGAGAGAGAGCCAGAGAGAAAGAAGAGUGGGAAAGGGAAAAGAAAGAACUAUCGGAAAGAAUCAGAAGAAUCGAGGAGGAAUAUGAGACAGAGAGAGAGAGAAAAGGAAAAGAACAUAGUAAUCAAAGAUAUGGACUAGAACGAAGGAAGCAAUGAAGAGACAGUAAAGGAGUUCAUAAACGAAAAAUAAUAUACUUUCUAUUCUAAUAUGUGUUUUCAAAUUUGUUAAACGCUUUCUAAAUACUUUCAACAAUAAGUUUUCUAGAAAUUUAUAAGCAAGCGUUAAAACACUCUUUAAUGUGAAAUUAAUAUUCAUUCGGGUUAUACUUUCUCAGUAUGCAACCUUUCUCAACUUCAAAUUUGGUAUAUGAGCUAACCAAACUAGUUUUUCUGUUAUGUUACUCUUAAUGCUACCA